UUCUUAAUCAGUGUCAACCAUGUUUGUAGGGGUCUCCGGAUUUUGCAAAAUUAAUGAAUCGGGAUUGUAGUGACUGGUUUAAACAAAAAUUAACUUCAUUGUACCAUACAUGCCUUCCAACCUUUUAUGAAAACACUACAAGCCUAAAUCCUCAUAUCAAAAAGAUAAAACUUACCAUGAGCGAAUACCAAUUGCCGAUUUUGCAUUUACAAUAAAUUAUAUUGGAUAAUCUUUUAAUUUACCCUAACCGAAGCUUGAUUGAACCUUUGAGCCCCCUUUUAUUUAAUCAUAAAUAAAUAUGAACCAAAUACCCUUUUCUGCAUACACUCACAUAUUUUUAAAUUAGGCGCACUCUUUACUUUUUUUAGUUAUGAGGGAAAUACCGACUUGUUAGUUAGCGUUAUGCCAACUACCCUGACAACCCUACAGAGAUAUAAUAAAGACGGCUGACAAAAACAAUAAAAUAAUGGAUGCAACUUCAGCAAUUACAGGCGAUGUGGAUAAAACACAGAUACCGCCGCUGAAUCAGAAGCGCAUCCUGGCCUUCGUCAAUCACUUCCUCGUCAGCACUUGCACCUUUCUAAAUGAGUUCGCCCUGGGCUGUGAGACCAAGUUUGUGGAGAUGGAGCGACAAUUGCAAAAGACCGAGGCGGCUCUCAUUAUUUUAGAGGCCAAGCUGGCUUCCAUACCCACCGAGCACCAUGUGACGGAAGAGGCCCCCAGUAUCCCAGCGCCAUCCACGGAAACCAGUCCGCUUGAAGUUCCCAUUUUGGAUUUAGAACUCCCAGCCGGUGACAAUGAACCGGGAGAACCGCAAGCCCCACCGGAAUCCUUAGGAGUGCGAGCUUGCGAGGAUCUGCGCUACAGAAAGUUCUUUAAAAUGGUUCAAGUUGGAGUGCCUGCGCCUGCAGUAAAGCAGAAAAUGCAAUCCGAAGGCCUGGAGCCUCGUCUUCUAGACACCCCUGAUUUGAUCCUGGCAGAUGGUCUGCGUGAGUGAGGUACUUGAAGGAGCCAACAAGCACAACUUGUGAUAUAGCACACCGUGCUACUCUUUUCAAUUAAACAUUUUGGUAAAGCUUUACGUCUACAA